AUGUCAUCUCUACCAACAGAAUCAGACCUUGACAAUCUUCUACACCUGGAAAAUAUGUUUCUAACAUAUGGUUACGAAGACGGGGUUGAAGCGGGAAGGUCAGAAGGUUUGAUUGAAGGUUACGUACUUGGGACUCGGAAGGCUUUUGAAAUUCUGCAAGAGAUAGGCUUCUAUGACGGCGUGACUAAAAUGUGGCUAAAGAUGGGUGGAAAAAGAUUAAACGAAAGAUCUAUAAGACACCUUACAGCGUUGAGUGAAUUGAUUGCUUCCUUUCCUACUGAGAAUCAACUGAAUACAGAGAUGCUGGAGUUGCUGGAGAAAAUAAGAGCAAAGUACAAAGCGAUCAUGGCUAUUCUAAAGGUUGGAAAUAAUCAAAAGUUUAAACGGGAGACCGAAAGUACUAAAAUGGCGUAUUAG